AUGAGAGUUAUCGGGCGUGGUGGGGCAAAUAUUGUGAUUGAUUAUGGAGAUCCAAUGUGGUUAUGGCGAUGCUGCAUUCGUUGGCCUGAUCUGUUAUCAUCUAAUAAUUCUUACACUGUCAAAAACAUUCAUUAUAUUAGAGAGAAUGUAGAACCUCUUUUGCAUGGUUUAAUCUGUCCAAUGAAUCUCAUUGAUGUGGAUAUAGACGUUGUAAGACCCAUUCUAAGUACCUUUAUAUUAAACUUGGAUGAAAAGGUGGUCAAAAUUAUCAAAAUAAAAAACCUAUUCAACAGGACAGCAAAUCUGAUACAGAACGACCACUUCUUGAAAUCUUACUGUUCACAGAAUUUCCAAACUGUUCUUUUGGAACUAAAACCUAAAUGGCUAUACUACGAUACGGAUUACUGUAGGAACUGCACUCAUAACGUAUCUAAAGGUAGAGAGGUUAGAUACUGUUACAAUCAGCUAUUAAUCAAUCCAUCACACUUGGAAUUAACAUUCGCAGAAUGCAAGGUAUACCCGGAUAAAUUUAAAGCAGCUAUGCUUAACUACUUGCACGAUGACAAUAAUGUCUUCAAGAUUCUUUAUGAUUUACAGAAAAAAUUUACAGAAAACGUAAUUUCAAUUAAGAAUAUAAAAUCGAUUGACGAUGUAAAAGAUGAGCAUUUACUACUCAUGACGCUCAGAGAUGUGACAUGUUUCAUUGAAUGGAACAGUACCAAAGAUGCGUUAUAUGUGAAUGUAAUAGAUGUCGAUCUAAAACCAAAAGAAAAAUGGACUCAUUGGAUAAAAACUUACAAUCAGUUGACAUCAAGCGAAAAAAUCUAUCAUACUUCAAAAUAA